AUGGCGGAGCGAGACUCUCCGCGCGGUCCACCCGGGGCGCAUUCUAACGACGGGCCGCCUCUUCUCGACGCGACGACCGAGGAAAAGUCCCCGUUCACCCAUCCUCCUCAACCGCUUUCGGCGCCAGGGUUCCCCGCUUCGCCCAACCUGCCCGCCGCGUUUCCCGCGGCAUCCGAUCUGCCCGCUUUCCCCGGUGGAUCCAGCCUUUCUUACGGCCGGAGCGAUUCUCCUCUCCCCGCGUGCCUUGCGCCGCGAUUCACGCAGACCAAAUCUCGCGACGACGUGGCUGCCGAUUGCGCCAUGCCUCACGCGUUCAAGCAGUCGCUCGACGACCUCUGCUGCCUGAAUCUGAUUGGGUCUCGAAACGCCACGCUCGAAGCGCCUCGGAGUACCAACCGAGCCGCGCAAAAUAAAAUCUUUGACGAUUUUUCCUGCUUAGGGUUAGGGCUCGACGACGAAUCCGACGGCCUGUUCCGAUCUGCGCCGCAAAGCCGCUCCGUUUCCCCGCCGCCCGCCUUUCCCCCUCCGCUCGCCGCUCCCCCCCCUCUGUGCCCAGAGCGCGCGGCUCCAGACAGCGCGCCCGGCGCGCAGGUCUCCGCAUUCAGCGCCGCGCUUGCCGCCGCCACUGGCGCCGCCGCCAAAAGCUCGUCUGCAGCCUUCGCGGCAGAUCAGCUCCCCCAACACCCGCGCUCCGCCUUCCCGCCAUCCCCCGCUAAUGUCCCCGCUGUUCCGCUCCCCUCUUCUCGCCCCCCUUCCUCGUCGUCCCCUCACCCUUCUUGCCCGCUUUCCCGCGAGUCCGGGCGUGCGUUCGAGAGGCAGCACAUUUUGGGGGUGAGGGAGGAGCCUCGGCUGAGGGAGCAGGACUUCGGAAACUUCCAGGUGCAGGAGCGCAUGAGGCAGAUCAAGGACAUGAGGCAGCGGUUUGGGCGGUUCUUCUACCGAUUCCCUGAAGGGGAGUCGUCUGCUGACGUGUACGACCGUGUGACUGGUGGACCAGCAUGCACGCAUAGCGAGGGCAGUGGGCGACAGGAAGGGUCGCGGCACCUCGGGAUCUCCGGGGUGGCUGUCUUUCUUCGACCACCUGGAGACCCCCUCGAGAUCACCCCCUGCAGUGCCUGCAGCAAUGAGCACGAGGGGUCACUGCUGCAGCAGCACGAGGGGUCACCUCGGGAACUCCGGGGUGGCUGUCCUUCUUCGACCACCUGGAGACCCCCUCGAGACCACCCGCUGCUGCUGUGCCCGCUGCAGGUGAAGCAGCAGUGGCAGCAGCAAGAAGAGCAACUCUUUGAGCCGACUCACAGCUCUCUUUGUUACUGUGUUCUCUCCUCCCUCUCCCCCUCCCCCUCCCCCUCCCCCUCCCCCUCCCUGCAGACCAGCAUGCGCGCAUGA